UUUCAGGUUUUGCAAUCUAUGAUUCACCUGGCUGAUUUGUCAAAUCCAACCAAACCCAUCGAAUUGUAUCGUCAAUGGAAUUCGCGUAUUUUGGAAGAAUACUGGAGGCAGGGAGAUCGUGAAAAGGAGCUGGGUAUCGAGGUGUCACCGAUGUGCGACAGGGGGAAUGUAACUAUAGAGAAGUCUCAGGUACCGUUUUUCUGUGCUUUUUUUCAGUGUGCCAAGUUACCCCAACUUUUUUUACAAAAUUCUCUGACAUAUCAUGCUUUUUCUUUCCUUAAUGCCAGCGAAACAUAUGUUGGCUUCAUUGAUUACAUUGUGCAUCCACUGUACGAGACGUGGGCGGAUCUUGUGUAUCCGGAUGCGCAAAACAUUCUCGACCAACUGGAAGAGAAUCGGGAAUGGUACCAGUCGCGAAUCCCCGAAGAGCCGGAGACGGCCCGGGGCGAGGAGAACUCGUAG